AAGUUUAAUAAAUAUAAAUUUGUAUAAUUUAUUCCAAAAAUUAAUUUAGUCUAAAUCACAUAAAAUAUAAGCAUAUUAAAAUAGAAUUUAAAUAUAAAAAUGGUGAAUAUUAAUGAUGUCCUCAGAAAGAGAAAGCAAUAAAAGAGGCAUUAGAUGAUGAAUAAAAUCAGUAAAGUAAAGAGAUCCUUUAAAGACUAAUAAAAGUAUAUUUAAUAGGAAUAAAAUGAAAAGCUAAAGAAAGAUAAGCUUGCCGAUAAAAAAAUGGACUUUUAUAAUUCAUUAUUCAAAGAUGAUCCUAAUUAAGGAGAAGAUAAGUAGGAAGAAAAUAAAUAAGAAUAAAAAAAUUAAAAGGUGAAAAAGGGAAUUUAAAAAGAUGGCAAAAAACCAUACAAAAGGGAAAAGUUUAACAGAUAAGAGUUUAAGAAAUAGAUUUAAGAAUAAAAAAUGAAAAAAUAAGAAGAAAUUGAAAACUAAAAGAAAGAAAAAGAGUAAUAAAGAAAGAAGAUCAAAAAAAUAUUUACUGAAAGAACUAAAACUGGAUAACCUGUAAUGAAAAACUAUAUAAAUUAUUUAGUUGAUAAGCUUGAAAAAGAAAAGAAGCAAAAUUAAUGA